UUGGUCACUCUUUUAAUGUUUUAUGUUGGCUUUAUUUCAGAUGAACUUGACUUUUUAAAGCGGAGGGAGUCGGAGUUGAGUAAGGUCAGGCGGGAUGAACAACUCAGUCCUCGGAGGCAUGACCCAUCUACCCCAAACUCUCGAGUAAACACACCGCGUGUCAAUCAGGAUGUUUCUGCACAAGAACUUUUGCAGAAACUAGCCAACAUGAUCUCUCCAGCUACUCAGAGGGCUGGUGUGCCGACCACACCAACAGCCCAGUCGGAAAAUGAGUUUGAGCAUUUUGUUAAAAUUGGGAAGUCGUUGCUAGUUCCCAGAAGUGUGUAUUUAGAGGCCCAAGCAUCCCGAUCACCUUCUGCUAUGACCAUGGGGCUUAUUAAGGCCGCUUUCAGCCGCUCAAAAUUGAAGAAGAGCUCGUAUGCUGGGCAGAAAAGAACCAGAGAUGGCGUCUCACUUCAGAAGCCCGGCCUGAAGAAAUACCAGGCAACGCAAGACAUACAAGAUUUUGUGCGCUCUAGGUUCAAGGUUAGCCAGUCAACUUUUGGUUUAGCAGUGAAUGCAUGUCUGGGUAACAAAGCCCCGAAAAAGAAAAAAGUUGAGUUCGUUCAAGAAGUUAGUGAUAAUGAGGACAGUGAUGGUAUUAUUGACGAUGACUCCGCUUGACUCCCCUGGAAGUGAGGGACUUCAGCCGAAGUUUGUACUUAUUUUAUAUUUUAUCUUAGUUUCUCUGCCUUUUUAUUUUAAAGGGUUUUAACAGAGAUUAUUAAGUCCUUGGUUGGUUUAAAUGAAAUAAAGUAUUUCAAGUGUCAA